AUGAACUCUUCAAAUCCUCAAAGGUUACCAAAGCAUAAAACGUUUGUAGAUACUGUCAUGCUUUUGUUAGCACAGUUGGAGAAAAAUACUGGCGAAAGGAUUGACAGCUCUCAGGUUGAUUCAGAACAGACAACACCACACGGAUCUAUUAGCGUAAUAAAGUCUAAAUUUGAGAAACUGAAUAACAACAAUGAUACGAAUGAAACUACCAAUGCAAAAAACAAGUUAUCUUUUCCUAAUGCUGUGAUAAUGGCUCAUCAACAACAUAAACAUCAAUUGCAUAAGAAAUAUAAAUCAGGAGAGCUUAGAAAUUCUUCAAAUAAUGAAAUUAAUGGUCAAAUACCGUCAAAACUGCAAAAAAAUUCAUUCAGGAAUGCCGUUAACGUAGUUAAUGCCGUCAAUGGAUUAAAAUCUCCCCCUCCAAUACCUCCGAGAUCUAAACCACCGAUUGGAGGGAUUAAACCUAUCAUACCACCAUCACCUUCAGUAUUAAAAAAUAAUCUUUCACCUACUAUUUUGAAUCUUCCUAAUAGUGCACCUCUUUCUCAACACGUAUUAGAGGAUACUGAUAACCCUUUUGAUGAUUCUAAAGGAGUUGAUCCUUUUGCUGAUGACAAUGAGCUUCCACUUCCACUACAUGAUUCUACUAAAACUUCAACGGUGAUCGCGUCUUCACCUUCAAGACCUAGAAGGCAUAGUCAUACUCCUGCUCCUUCAAAUGUUAUAAAAAGAAAUAAACUUAUAGCCGAUAAUUUGAUUGAUUUAACUUAUAAUUUGCAACGUAGUGCUAGUCAAACAGUAUCUUCAAAGCCUCUAAGGAAGCCCGAAAUUUUAAUGCCUAAUUCUUCUAGACCUUUGCCAAAGUGUCAUGAAAAUGAUCCACCUUCUCUACCGCCAAAACCAUCAAAUAGACCGCCAGCUCCAGCGCUUUCUAAUCGCCCACAAUUGCCACCACGAAAACCUAAUAUGGAGCAUCAUAAUGAGAAAAAAAGCAAGCAGGCGAAAGUCACAAAAAAAGUAGAUGAUCAAGCAGAUUCAGAUUCUUUGGAUGAUUCUUCAAAAAAGAUUCCAGAUGCAUCUUGUACUAAUAGACGACCGCCAAAAUUUCAUAACAUUCAAGAUAUUAAUAGUAAAAAUACAACACGUACUUUCGCCAUCGCGGGGGAAUUUUUAAUUACAGGUUCAGGCCAAACUCGUAUAUGGUCUUUGGAGAAUGGUUCAAAUGUUCGUAGCGUCCCUUGUGAUGAUUCUAUAACAAGCUUAUGUUGGCGCCCGACUCGUCGUAUAGAAGAGGUUGGUCGUUAUAUUUGGUGUGGGGCUCAAGAUGGUUACUUAUAUGUCGUUGAUAUAGAUUGUAGCAAACAGAUUGAGAAGAAUAAGAAAGCUCACAAUUCACCAAUUAAUUUCAUAUUACGUCAUCAAUUGCAAUUGUGGACGUUAGAUGAUAGUGGUAAAUUACAAAUAUGGUCGGAAGAUGAUAGUGGAGUUGUCUCCCUGAAUUCAAAACCAAAAACUGUAAAGGUUUUAUCAAAACCGAAUUGUGCUAUUGUAGUCGGUCAUCAUUUAUGGUUAUCAUAUGGUAAGUCGAUUGUAAUUCAUAAUCCACUUGACGAUACCCAUGUGGCAAAAAUUGAAGUGGGACCCGAAGUAGGAAAUAUUAGAUGUAUGACACAAACGGAUAAUUCUUCUCUUGUUUAUACUGGACAUGACGAUGGAACAAUUGGUGUGCAUGAUGCUCAAACUCAUAAAACUGAGUCCACUUUUACCGUAUCAACGUAUUGUAUUAAUUCUUUACUGGGCGUAGGCAAUUAUCUAUGGGUUGGUUUCAAAACUGGUAUGAUUUACAUCUAUGACGUGCAACAUAGUCCUUGGGUAGUAAUUAAGCAUUGGCAAGCUCAUAAAGCUCCAAUUAUUGACAUGCAAUUGGAUAAUGCUGGUUUAUGGAGAGUUGAAAGAUUGCAAGUUGCUAGUUUAAGUGAUGAAGGUCAAAUCAUCGUAUGGGAUGGCUUAAUGCACGAUGAUUGGAUAGACGAUCAAAUGUUUGAUAGAGAGAAUGAUUAUUGCACCUUUAGGGAUGUUAAAGUGUUAAUAUGUUCAUGGAAUAUUGACGCAUCAAAACCCGAAGAUUUAGAACGAUCUCCAGAUGGUGAACAUUUUCUCACCAAUUGGAUCAAAAGCACAGAGUCACCUGAUAUUAUAGUCUUUGGAUUUCAAGAAAUGAUCAACCUGGAAUCAAAGAAGAUGACCGCAAAAAUGUUAAUGACCAAAAAGAAAAAUGCCAAACAAUUAAGUGAAAAUAUAACGCAGCGAUAUAAGUUAUGGCAUGAUAAGUUGGUUCAAGUGGUUGGUCAGAACUAUGAAGUUUUGGAAAAGGAUAACCUUGUUGGAUUAUUUACAUGUAUUUUCGCAAAGAAGGACGAACGGGAACAUAUUAGAGAAAGUGAUGUUGCGUUAAAGAAAACUGGGUUAAAAGGGUAUCAUGGUAAUAAAGGUUCGAUAGCGACAAGAUUUAUAUAUGAUGAUACAUCAAUAUGUUUUGUGAAUUGUCAUUUAGCAGCAGGACAAUUACAAACUAAGGAAAGAAAUACAGAUGCGGCAAAGAUAUUGGAUAAUACGACAUUUCCAUCAAAAGCCGCAAAAGAUAAGUUCAUAUGGCGAGAAAAUGAAUACGUUUUCACUAAUGGAGGAGAUGGAUCGAUGGUAUUAGAUCACGAAAUAGUAUUCUUCAGUGGGGAUUUAAAUUAUAGGAUAAAUUUAUCAAGAAAUGAAGUACUUGAAGCUAUAGAAAAAAAAGAUUAUAAGUUCUUAACAGAUUACGAUCAAUUAGCUAUACAAAGAAUUAAGAAUCCAGGAUUUCGUCUUAGGCAAUUUUUAGAAGGAGAAAUAGUAUUUAAACCUACAUAUAAAUAUAAUCCUGGAGAAGAUGAAUAUGAUACGUCAGAAAAGAAAAGGAUUCCAGCGUGGUGUGAUAGAAUAUUAUAUCGUCCCAAAUAUCUUAAAUCAGAGAGACAUGAAGGGCAUGAUCAAAGAAGUGAAAAUGAAAGUAAUGAUAAUCUAGAUAAAAAAUAUUGUAAUGUUGAGCUAGAUCAUUAUUUAAGACAUGAAUGUAAAAUAUCAGAUCAUAGACCUAUUAGUGGCGCUUUUUAUAUAAAAACAAAAAAAAUAUUAGAAGAUAAAAAGGAUUUGGUUAGAGAAGAAGUUGAAAAGGCGUGGAAAGAAAAGGCUAAAGAAGAAUUACACAAGUUCACGGUUAGAUGGUUAGAAAGUUGUGGUUGGGAUGAGCAGAUUGCUGAUAAAACUCUUAGGGAGAAUCAUAGAAAUUUGAGAAAAACCGUAGAUCAAUUGAGUAAGAGAGAUGAAAAAGGAAAAAGGAAAUAA